AAGCCCAUAAUAGUAGACAGAACAGACCCUUCAACUGAAGAAAAUCUUUCAAUAUGUAUAUCUCUCUCUUAACGGUCCUCAGAAUUUCCAGGGAUUGAAGCAACCAAAAAAUUAGCUCAAAACUCAGUAGCUCACAUGUGCUUUUCUCCCCUUAAUUUUUGGCUCAGAAAUUCUUUCUCUGUCUCCUUAAUUAGAAUGAAUAAACUCUUUCUUGGGUUAAAUUGGUGGCUUCUUUGAGGAUUUUUGUUGCGAAAUAAGCAUCUGGGUUUGGUUAAUAUGGUUUCUGUUGAUGGAUUUCUCUAUCAGAAAUUGUUUCUCUUUAAUGGCUUUUUCUGGGUCUCUGUCUCCUCUCUGUUUCUUACAGUGUUUGCUCUCUUCUACAAGUUCUAUUUCAGAGGUGAGAGAGUUGCAAGUUCUGAAGAAAAAACUUCAAAUUGCUUGGCGGUUUCUCUUCAUGAAAGCAAUCAAGUUGAUUCUAGUCUUCUAAAGUCAGAAUCUGAAAUUGAAGAAACAAAAUCUGAUUCUAUUGAAUUUAAGGAUGUAGAGAAUGAUGAAGAGGAGACUCCAAACUACUUUCUCAAUUUCAAGUUUCAAUCUUUGGAAGAAUUCUGUGAAAGUAAUAAAGAAAAUUGGGACUUAGUUCCAUCUACAAGCACUAGUAAGUAUGAGUUCAAGUCUGAGAAUUAUUUAAGUGGGUUCAUUGAGGAACCAAAAGACGCGAGCUUUACUAUAAAAGAGCUGUAUGCUGAUUCAAUGACUGUUCCUUCUGGUAAUCAAGAGAUUAUUUCUGAUAAUUUUUUGUCGGAGAGUGAUUUUAUGGAUCAAAAUUUGGGAGAAGAAACUGUUCAUGAAGAAGGAGAGGUUGCAGAGAAGCUUGAAGUGGCAACAUUGAUCGAUGAGGAGAAACAGAAGCCAAAUAAUGAAGAUGGUUCAGGCGAUGUUGAGUUUCUUUCAGAAAAGGACUUGGUAGUUUCGGAUUCUGAUGCGGAUUCGAUGACUUCAAGCAAUGGUUUAUCAGUUGUGAGUCAAUUUAUUGGCUCAACUAGUGAUGGUUUUUUGUCUGAUAAAAAUUUUGAAGAGGAGUUUGAGUUUAGUAUCAUAAGGGGCAUUGAGAGGGAUUUGGAAGACUUGCAUUUGCAGAAAUUUAAAGAUGACGCCGCUGAUGAUGCUGAUGAUGAAGAUGAUGAAGAUAGUGAUAUAAUGGAGGAGCUUAAAAAACUAGAAGAGUCUGAUGAUGUAAAGAAUUCAAGCACUCAAGGCUCAGAAAUGCUGUGUGGGAAAGAUUUUCAUGACGAAAAGGAUGCGAAGAAUCGAGAAUUUGGUGGCGAAAAGAAUCAAGCAACGAGUAGUUCGAAUGAAUCUAAUAAGUCCAGUUUGCAGAAUUCAUCUGCUUCUGUGGAUUCUGAGGAUUCAAACGGACUUGAAACAUUGUGGGAGCACCAAGAUUUGAUUGAGCAGCUCAAGAUGGAGCUUAAAAAGGUCAGGGCCAUAGGGCUACCCACUAUCCUAGAAGAGUCCGAGUCUCCGAAAAUAAUGGAAGAUUUGAAGCCUUGGAAGAUUGAUGAGAAGUUCCAGCAUGAAGAUACAAUGGGUGAGCUUCACAAAUUCUACAGGAGUUACAGAGAACGGAUGCGUAAAUUUGACAUCUUGAAUUACCAGAAGAUGUAUGCAAUAGGCUUUCUCCAAUCAAAGGACCCUCUUGAAUCAAUUUCGAGCCUCCAAUCAUCAGCUCCAGGAGUGUCAUCGCUCCUCUCGCAGAAUUUCCUCAUGGGAAAGCGCAAAAAGUCCGAAUCUGACCCGAUGAAGAAGUUUAUUAGAGAGUUGCAUAGUGAUCUAGAAGUGGUUUAUGUUGGACAAUUGUGCCUCUCUUGGGAAAUCCUUCACUGGCAAUAUGAAAAGUCCCUGGAGUUAUGGGAAUCUGACCCUUACGGUAUACGCAGAUACAACGAAGUUGCUGGUGAACUUCAGCAGUUUCAAGUGUUAAUGCAAAGAUUCAUAGAAAAUGAACCCUUUGAAGGACCCAGUGUGCAGAAUUAUAUCAAGAAUCGAUGCGUUCUGCGUAAUCUUCUUCAGGUUCCAGUAAUAAGAGAGGACAGCAAGAAGGAUAAGAAGGCAAAAAUGAAAAGGAAAGACGAGUAUGCAAUCACAAGUGAUAUGCUGGUAGAGACCAUGGAAGAAUCAAUAAGAAUAUUUUGGCGAUUAGUCCGAGCCGAUAAAGAUGCAAAUGUUCUAACACCAAAGAUUAGAAGAAGCACACAGGUUGAGCCACAAGAAACCUUAGACUUGGAGCUUUUAUCAGAGGUCAGAACUAGUCUUCAAAAGAAGGAAAAGAAGCUUAAAGACAUAUUGAGAAGUGGGAACUGCAUAUUGAGAAAAUUUCAGAAGCAACAAGAUAGUUCAGAUCAAGUUCUUUACUUCUUCUCUCAAGUUGACAUGAAACUAGUGGCAAGAGUCUUGAAUAUGUCGAAAAUAACGACGGAUCAACUGUUAUGGUGUCGAAAUAAACUGAGCAAGAUUAAUUUUAUUAGUAGGAAGAUACAAGUAGAACCGUCGUUUUUGCUUUUUCCUUGUUAGUAGCUCUUUCAUUGUAAAUUCAUCAUAUAUCUAAAGAAAGAAAUGUUUUCAGUCC